UUUCCCUCCGCGAAGCGCGCACGUUGAGCCGGCUUUACUGCUUCAACUCCCGAGCCACGUUCGGAGCAUGUCUUCCAAGAAGAACAGAAAACGGCUCAACCGGAGCGCCGACAAUGGCUCUCCCUCGCCCUCCGCGGCUCGGUCUCCUGUGGGAGCCUUGGCUCCUUCUGCGGAGCCCGGCAUCGCGGCGGCGCCCGGGACUCUGACGGUGAUCAACUUCUUAGAAAAGGAUGACAGAAUUCCUAAAAAAUUCCAGAAUUCCCUUGUUCAACUUGGACUCAGCACUAUGAAGUCUGCAAAUAUAUGUAUAGGCCGACCAGUGUUGCUUACCAGUUUGCAUGGAAAGCAAGAGGUCUAUACAGCCUGGCCUGUAUCCGGAUUUCCUGGAGGCAAGGUUGGCCUGAGUGAUAUAGCCCAGAAGAAUGUGGGUGUCAGGGUUGGUGAUGCCAUCCGAGUCCAGCCUCUUUUGGGGGCUGUGCUGCAGGCUGAGGAAAUGGACGUGGCACUCAGUUGUAAAGAAGGGAGUAGAUUACGUGAAAAAAAUGUGGAGAUUAAUGAAGAACAAUUAGCUGGCUGUCUUCUGAGAAAACUAGAUGGCAAGAUUGUUUUACCAGGCAACUUUCUCUAUAUUACUUUCUAUGGACGACCAUGUAAGCUGCAAGUGUUACAAGUGAAAGGAGCAGAUGGCAUGAUAUUAAGAAGACUUCAGCCUGACCCUGGUGCCCGGGAGGUGGCCUCAGAACGGUCCAGCAUAGAAGCCAGCACCCUGGAUAUGUCCUUAAAGCUAAGCCAGUUGGACCUGGAAGAACACCAGGACCCAACAUCAAGCAGUACUCCUUGCAAACCAGCUGAUGGCAGAAUGACAAAUAGAGCUGGUGACAUUUUGCCAGAUGUCACACAGAAUCCUGGUGGCAACAGUGGACUUGAGGUGGAGGAAGUCACAAAUCUUAAACAUAGUUUUGCGUCUUUCAUGGAAGGAAAUGAGCAUCUUAUCAGUGAAAAGAGAUUGCCUGAGUCAGCCAGCAUGGGAACAAAAUGCAACACCGACACUUUUUAUUUUAUUUCUUCAACAACCAGGGUCAAUUUUACAAAGACUCGUACAAAUUCAAAAGAGCAAGGCAACCAAUUCAAAGUGACUUAUGACAUGAUAGGAGGCUUAAACAGUCAGCUGACGGCAAUUAGAGAAAUGAUUGAAUUGCCUCUCAAACAGCCUGAACUUUUCAAGAGUUAUGGAAUUCCUGCUCCUAGAGGAGUGUUACUGUAUGGCCCUCCAGGUACUGGGAAGACAAUGAUCGCCAGGGCUGUUGCUAAUGAGGUCGGAGCCUAUGUUUCUGUAAUAAAUGGUCCUGAGAUUAUAAGCAAAUUCUAUGGGGAGACUGAAGCAAAGUUACGUCAGAUAUUUGCUGAAGCCACUUUGCGGCACCCAUCAAUUAUUUUUAUUGAUGAGCUGGAUGCACUUUGUCCUAAAAGAGAAGGGUCUCAUAAUGAAAUGGAGAAAAGAAUUGUAGCUUCACUUUUAACACUGAUGGAUGGUAUUGGUUCGGAAGGAAGUAAAGGACGGGUGCUGGUCCUUGGGGCCACAAAUCGCCCUCAGGCUUUGGAUGCUGCACUCCGCAGACCUGGACGAUUUGAUAAGGAGAUUGAAAUUGGCGUUCCAAAUGCUCAGGCCCGGCUGGAUAUCCUGCAGAAGCUGCUUCUGAAGGUGCCCCAUUUGCUCACCAAAGCUGAGCUGCUGCAGCUGGCAAACAGUGCUCACGGAUACGUGGGAGCCGACUUGAAAGCCUUGUGUAAUGAAGCAGGUCUCUAUGCCUUGAAGAGAGUCCUGAAGAAGCAGCCUACCCUCCCUGACAGCAAGGUGUCUGGGCUGGUGAAGAUCACCCUGAGUGAUUUCUUGCAGGGGAUGAGUGCCAUCAGGCCCAGUGCCAUGAGGGAAGUGGCAAUUGAUGUCCCAAAUGUAUCCUGGUCAGAUAUAGGAGGACUGGAAAAUAUCAAAUUGAAAUUGAAACAGGCCGUGGAAUGGCCCUUGAAACAUCCAGAGUCUUUCACCCGAAUGGGUAUACAGCCACCUAAAGGAGUUCUUCUGUACGGGCCACCGGGAUGCUCUAAAACAAUGAUUGCAAAGGCUUUGGCCAAUGAAAGUGGACUGAAUUUCCUAGCCAUAAAGGGGCCUGAAUUGAUGAAUAAAUAUGUUGGUGAAUCCGAAAGAGCGGUUAGAGAGGUCUUCCGAAAAGCAAGGGCCGUGGCCCCUUCCAUUAUUUUCUUUGAUGAACUGGAUGCCUUAGCGGUUCAGAGGGGCAGUUCUUCAGAUGCGGGGAAUGUAGCCGACCGUGUUUUGGCUCAGCUCCUAACGGAAAUGGAUGGCAUUGAACAGUUACAGGACGUGACAAUUUUGGCAGCUACCAACCGCCCAGAUAGGAUAGACAAGGCUCUGAUGAGGCCUGGGAGAAUCGACAGAAUCAUCUAUGUGCCGUUACCAGAUGCAGCAACAAGAAGGGAAGUAUUCCACCUGCAGUUUCACUCUAUGCCGAUCAGCGAGGACGUUGACGUGGAUGAGCUCAUCCUCCAAACGGACACGUACUCGGGAGCAGAGAUUAUCGCCGUCUGCAGAGAGGCAGCUCUUCAGGCCCUGGAAGAAGACAUUCACGCCAUCAGCAUCAUGAGAAGACAUUUUACUCGGGCCUUGAGCACCGUGACACCCAGAAUUCCUGAAUCCUUGCGACGUUUCUAUGAUGAUUAUCAAGAGAAGAGUGGGCUUCAUACGCUCUGAAAAAAAGAUACAUAUUGAUUAUGCUACAAGGGCUUUCUAGAGAAAACUCGUUUCGUUUCUUUUAAUUUUGUCAUGAGGCUGUCAAAAAAGAAAUCCUUAAACAAAAUGUCUCAAGUAUGUUGGCUAGAAUUAAGGGGUUUCAGCUCUUGUAAACAUUUAAAAUCAUAUGGAUACAAUGAAAAUAUCCAUGAAGAUCUCUGGACAGGAGUUUAAAUCAGUUUUGUCUGGAAAUGUGUGCUGAGUUUUAAAAUGCAAACUUUUGGCAUUUUCAUUUGGACCUGGUUCAUUCAUCCCAUGAAAUGCUUUCUUUGCUCCAGAAUUCGUUUCAGUGCAUUCCUAAAUGCCAAACCUGUGGGCAUCAAUUUUAUAUGAGAACAUAGAGAAUGCGUGGUAAGAACUAGUUACAAAGGUUUAUUUUUGAAGGCUCAACGAUGAAAUGGCCAAAUGCACGAGCCAGACUUCUGGGGCCUCUUCCCCAAGUAUGUAUUUGUUCUCAUUAUAAUUUACACCUACAUUUUUGCUUUAGCCUUCUUAACAUUUACUUAUGGCAACUAAAAAACAAAGAACUAAGAGCUGUUUCAUAUCUGUCAUGCCCUUUCAAAGUUUAAAAAAUUGGAAAUAUAAGCCCAGUCCAGGGUUAGGGCAGUAGGCUUGAUUUUUUUUUUUUUACAUAAAAUGCUAAAAUAAAUCAUAUGACGUGGUCAUGUUUUAACUUGUACACAUUUUCAGGUUACCAAUGAACAUUUUCAAUUAAAAGAUAAACCAAAUUGUACUCAAUCAUAUUGUCUCAUGCUGCAUUCUAAAUAUGUGUAUUUAUGCCCCUAGUUACUUAUCCUUGAGAUUUCUUGACACUUUCUCCAUAAAUAUCCUUGAAACGACUGUCGGAAAUUGACUCCCCGACUUCCUAGCAAUGGAAAGAAUGUGCACCUAAACCUGGUCACUGUAGAUCUUUGAAAAUUACCAGAAAGGUAAGUCAGGCAAGAAAUACCUGGUUAUCAAAACAAUGGGCCUUACAAUUUUGCAGUGGCGGAUACUCUGAAGACCUGUCUCAACUGUUUCAUCCUUUGCCUACUGAAGAAAUUAGCAAGGCUUUUUUUCCCAGACUAUACUGGUUUAUUAGUACAUAAAACCACCCAAGGGACAAUGAAUAUUACUACAAUUUAGGACUGUGCUGUCAAAUACAAUAGACAGUAGUCACAUGUGACUAACUUUUCAUUUUAAGUAAUUAAAAUUAAGUAAUAUUAAAAAUUUAGUUCUUCAGGGCCGGCCGAG